UUCCUUGAGUGAAUCUGAAAGUGAAAGUAUGAAAGUAUACAUAUUUUAUAUUAAAAAAACUAAGUUUGAUUGAAAUUGAUGACCAUGGAAAUUAAAACUGAUUACUCAUUUCAUCCAGGUGGCUUGGCAAAGGGAUUUAUUUAUAGGCUUAGCAAUGACAAUAGCUGUUAUGCAAAUGACUCUAAUACUGCCUUUUUUUCUGACUGCAUUCUUUUCUGGCAUAAAAGCUAAGGACGGACGGAUUGCACAACUAAUAGGUGGUUAUUUUUGUUUAAUGGUUUGUUAAUUGGACACCUUGAAACCUUCACGAGCACUGUUAAAACACAAAUGAAUUGUUUUUACCUGGCCAUGACUUGCACAUUUUGUGCAUUUGAUAUUAAAGAAUAUAUCUGUCUGCUGGAUAUUCAUUGAUUUACUGUAAAGUCAUAAAGUAGAAAUUGUAGGCUAAUAAGCUAGGGAGAGUGAGAGAUAGGGAGAGAUUUGUGAUAGUGCUGAGUCACUGUACAGUACAUAGCAGUGCUGAUACUACGUGGGAUCAGCUGUGACCUCUUGGAAGAAGGUCGGACCUAAUGAUUACAAACCAACAGAUCUGGGACUUUAUUCAGCUAUAAUUCGAAUCAAAGACAGUCCACGAUGUAUACUUGAAUUGUUGAAAAGGAACGGAAUUCAAAAUGUCUGCACAGGAAGUGUAUGAGGCAAAGUUGCAGACGGACUCAAGUUCUUGUUACCGCCCUAAGGCAGUAACCACAGAAAAGCCUGCAGAUGGGAGCAUGCAUUUUACGAUCAUGAAGCAUCCAAAGGAAGCUUUAGAAGUCAUGAGCACUCUGCGGAGGCUUACAAAACUAUGUGACGUCACCCUCUUGGUGGGGGAAGAAAAAUUCUUAGCUCACAAAAUUGUGUUAGCCGCGGCCAGUCCAUACUUCCGUGCCAUGUUUACAGGGGGAAUGAGAGAAGAAGAAAUGACCACCAUACCCUUACAUGGAAUCACGCCGUGUACGUUGGCCACUCUAAUCGAGUUUGCGUACACGGCGGAGGUUCGUGUCAGUGAGAUGAACGUUUGUUACCUCCUGCCAGCAGCCACCAUGUUUCAGAUGAAUCAUGUUGUGGAGGCUUGUAGUGUCUUUCUUGAACAACAGCUAGACCCUAGUAACUGUAUUGGUAUAGCAGAUUUUUCUAGUGAACAUGGUUGUGUGGAGUUACAGACAAAAGCAAGAGAAUAUAUUUUCAAAAAUUUUUCUGAAGUGAUAAAAUGUGAUGAAUUCUUAACGCUUUCACCUUGUCAGCUUAUUAAUUUGAUUAAAAAUGAUGAGCUGAAUAUUCGAUGUGAGUCCGAGGUGUUCAACGCUGUGAUACGAUAUGUUCAACACGAUCCAGAAAAGAGGAUCUGCAAGUUGGAAGGACUGCUUUAUGCUGUUCGGUGCCAUUUUUUGUCUCCUAUGUUUCUGGAAAAACAGUUAAAUCAUUGUAAUAUUCUGAAGAAAAUGCCUCAGUGUCAGGAAUAUUUAUCGAAAAUUUUUCAAGGAUUAAAACUUCAUCAGACAUGUCCAGAAAAACCCAGAAAACCAUGUUCACCUCUAGUCAUAUUUACCGCCGGUGGUUACUUGCGACAAUCCCUCAGUAACUUUGAAUACUAUAACCCCUCUCUAAAUCAGUGGACAAGACUUCCAGAAUUACCUACUCCCAGGAGUGGACUAUGUUGUUGUAUUGUGAAAGGCUCCUUUUAUUGCGUCGGAGGCAGAAACAAUUCACCAGAUGGAAACAUGGAUUCCAAUGCCUUGGAUGUGUUUGAUCCUAUCCGGAACAUCUGGCUCUCCAGAAGUCCGAUGACAGUCCCAAGAAACCGUGUAGGAAUUGGUGUGAUUGACAACAUGAUCUAUGCUGUCGGAGGUUCACAAGGUCAACAGCAUCAUGCUUCUUUGGAAAGAUAUGACCCUGACCUAGAUAGAUGGACUAUGCUGGCAUCUAUGGCCACCAAACGAAUUGGUGUUGGGGUUGCUGUAGUCAACAGGUUGCUGUUUGCAGUAGGUGGCUAUGAUGGCAGCAACAGGUUGCGGAGCAUGGAAUGCUAUGAUCCAGAGAGAGACGAGUGGCACUUUGUAGCUCCUAUGAACACUACACGCAGUGGUGCUGGUGUGAUUGGAAUGGAUGGCUAUGUUUACGCUGUUGGAGGAUAUGACAGUAGCUGUCAGCUAAGCAGUGUGGAGCGAUAUUGCACCGCCACCAACCAGUGGGAGUUUGUUGCCCAAAUGAAGAGUCCAAGAAGUGCUCUAAGUGUUGCUGUAAUCAACAAUAAACUCUAUGCCUUAGGUGGUUAUGAUGGACAAGAGUUUCUGUCAACAGUUGAGUGCUAUGAUCCUGACAAAAAUGAGUGGGAAGAAGUGACAAACAUGACUUGUGGUAGGAGUGGUCACGGGGUGGCGGUGGGGGCUGAGCCCUGCCACUCCUGACAUGAGGUCUUAAUGCCCCGAUCAACCGUCCAAUCAGAAUCUGCAAUCCCACCGUGUGACAAGAACAGCUAAAAAUCGGCAUAAUAUCUCACAAUGCUCCCAGCAUUUGUUGCACAUGCAGAGUCUGAAGCAACUUCAACACAGGGUAAACGAAAAAAGCCCACCUGGGAUUUGUUACAUUGUACUGAGAAAUCAGGCUCCAGCUUCAGAAGAUGACCCACCACAGAAAAGAAUCUACAUGCUCAGAAAAAAAACACUUGUAAAGAAAAUAUCACAGUAUUAACUUGCACUGUCAUAUCCAUUAUUCUGUAUGAAAAAAUUUGAUUAUAAUGAGGUAUACUUUAAGUCUAUUGGUAUUAGAACUUCUUUAUUCUGUGGUAUUGAAAAAUUGAAUUCCAGAUUUGUUUCAUAUAACAAAAGAAUGCAUUUUAGACCCUUUUUGUUUUUAAAACUGAUG